AUGCCAUCAAGUGGGCAAGCCAAUAAAUAUCCCGACUUAUUACUGUGCAUCACGCCGGCAUUCGAGCCCAACGGGUGAUAAAUUAUACCAUCAUCAUUGCCAGCCCGAUCAUAUUUCCCUUCUUGAUAAGGUAGGGAAGCAUUCACUCAUGCUUAUCUCAAACCACUUUCCAAAGUCCCACGUUCUGCGGCGCCCUGGCAGCGGCUCGCGCUAUUGCACAUCUUAUCCGGAUCAAGCGGCACAUAAGUCGGUCCGGUUGAUCACUCCAACUUGCCUGUGCCCGACACGGGCCAACCCAUUCAGGAGUAUACUGGUUAUCUAUUGCGCCAUUCCUUCGCAUUUGGGGCCCCAUGUUACGUUGACACCGGCGAGGGCGAACUCAAUUGACUAUACAUAAGCUCCCGCGGAAGCUCCCUGGCGAACGAGUUUUCUUUAAAUCUUGUUGCUACGCCAUCGGGACCACAGCAAAGGACCCGCCCAGGAUCGCCACAAUGUCCUCCACCGAGAAACAGGACGUCGAAGCCGGCAAUGUUGACGAAUCCUUACCCCCACAGGGAGAUAUCGACCACGGAGAGAUCCGGGAGGUAAAGCGGGCGCGUGAAAUCCAAAACAGCAUCGGCUUCCUGCGAGCGUUGCGCAAGAGUGAAGAAUGGCUGGACAAGAAGCUUGGUGUCGAGACGCAGGGAAUUGAGCGUAUUCCCGAGGAGGAGAAACAACCGCCGUCGAUAUGGAACAUCUUCUUCAUGUGGUGGUCGUUGAACACGCAUGUUGGUACGCUCGCCUUGGGUAUUCUGGGCCCCGAAUUCGGUCUCUCGCUACGACAAUCCAUUGCGUCUGCUGUCAUCGGAAUUGUACUGGGCGCUCUAACUACGUCGUAUACGGGAACCCUUGGUCCAAAGCUCGGCAUGCGGCAGAUUGCAACAUCUCGUUACUCCUUCGGCUUUUGGGGAGCCAAGGUUUGUAGUGUUCUCAACAUCUUGGUCGGAGGCGGCUUUGGUGUCGUCAAUUAUGUCGUGGUCGGCCAAGUCUUGAGUGCCGUUUCCGAUUACAAGAUGAGCAUCACCGUCGGCAUCGUCAUCAUUGCCAUCGUCUCAUACGUCGUGUCCAUCUUUGGCUUCAAGAUCAUCCACACAUUUGAGAAAUACUCUUGGAUCUAUACAUUUAUCAUCUUCUGUGUCCUUCUCGCCCAGGCUACUCCCCACGUCGAUGCGGACCUCAAAGGAGAAGAUGGCAGUUCCGGCCUUCUAUAUGCCGGAACCUUUUUGACCAUCUUGGCCAUCAACUUCUCAAACUCGUCUGGAUGGUGCUCUAUCGCUGCCGAUUAUUAUUGCAAUUUCCCCGCAACCAUUCCAUCAUGGAAGGUCUUCUUCCUCACGUUUUGGGGCAUCGUCAUCCCAACCACGUUCACCAUCACAGUCGGAUCAUGUAUCAGCAACGCUGCCUUGUCCGCUGCCUACCCUCCAUACGCCGAUGCUUAUAGCAACCAUGGACUGGGCGGUCUUAUCGCAGAAAUAUACCAUCCGCGCGGGUGGUCAAAGUUUUGCCUCGUGCUCCUCACAUUUUCUGUGUUGGGCAACAACAUUGCGAUCAAUUACUCUUCGGGUCUGAGCCUACAGCUGUUGGGACACCAUUUUCAUGCUGUUCCACGAUUUAUUUGGUCCUUCGUAUUCGCCAUUGUAGUUGCCGUCCUGGCAAUUGCAGGUCAAGAAAACCUCUCUGCCGUGGUCAACGAUUUCGUGUCCCUGCUUGGGUACUGGACAGUCAGCUUUACCUUUAUCCUUCUCAUUGAGGAUCGCGUGUUCCGCCGGCAUGAAGGGUACAAUCUGAUGGCUUGGGACCAACCGAACAAACUUCCAUGGGGCCUUGCUGCUGUGACUGCAUUGAUCGCCGCUUAUUGUGGUGGAGGAGUUCCUGGGAUGAGCCAGACAUGGUUCGUGGGGCCAAUUGCGGCCAAGUUUGGAGGUGAUGGUGGUGACGUGGGGAUUUACAUGAGCGCAGCGAUAACCAUCGUAUGGUAUCCCAUCGCGAGAUAUUUUGAGAAGAAGUACACUGGAAAGUAAAAUCGUCUCAGAAAUAGGAAUAGAACAUCACGUCACGCUAAUGCACAAAUAUGGCAUUAAGAGUUUGGUGUAGUGUAUUGUAAUAAACGGCGCAUUCAUGAGAUUUAGUAUACGGCACGGCAACAUGACGACAGCCACUGUUAUCGACUGUUAUAUAAUGGUUUUCGUUCA